GGUCGUGGGGAAAACUCUUGGGGGUUUCAGAGAACGUUCAGACUCUUCUCUGUAUUCACACAACAGUUUUCAAUCAAGUUCCCGAAUUGUCUGAUUUAUUGAUAGAAUAACCAUGUUUAACUUGUUGGCGUUGACAUUCUUGGCCGUCGUUUCUCGCCAAUCGUGCGGGUCGGUGCCGCUGCUGGAUCAGACCGCUUCAUCCGCCCUAAACACAUCGACAAUUCCAGCUGAAUCGCGACAAAGUUCGUGUUGGACGCUCAUCAUCGACGGCCGUCGUCUCGAUCCGCAGUUCAUCGUCCGCUCCGUUUGGGCGGCCUCCUUGACGGAUUGCCAACGGGAGUGCGAGGACGUACUUUUCAACUGCGAAACCAUCGCUUAUGGGAAAAGCGCGCUGAGAAACACGACUUGCGAUUUGAGCGACUGGGAAGCGGCUUCGCUGAGUUUCCAGUCGUAUUCGACGGACACGAUCGUGGCUCCCAGUUUCAACGUCUACAGCCGCUACGGGCGCUAUCCGAACGAGCCGCAGGACCAGCAGCGGGGCUGCAACCAACAUUUGAAUGCCGAUGCUGACCCCGCCUUUCACGGUGAUAUCACCCCGUAUCACUACCGCCCGACCGAAUUGCAAGCGGAGACUCUCUCCGAAGACGUAUGUUAUUCAAUCAUCUUUAAUGGUCGAAGAUUGAGCCAUCGAUAUAUCGAACGCUCUGUGGCCGUCAUCAGCCUUGACGAGUGCAAAUUGCUCUGUACCCGAGAAACUUCUUUUGAUUGCAGAUCCUUCAAUUACAGACGAAGAUUAUCGUCGACCAACUGUGAUCUGAGUCGAGAAGACUCGGCCAGUUUGGACGUCACCAGCAGCCGCGUUUUCUUUUCAGAUUCCGACGUGGAUUUCUACCAGCGCGUCGGUCGCGGUCAGAGUUGCUACCGUCCCUAUGGCCGCCCGCCCAGCCUAUCGCCCACUUCCUCCUCAUCCGGGAGCGAGUAUUACUACGGAUCCAUAAGUAAUUCAGGAUCGCUCAUCCAGCGUCCCAGCUCCUCCGUCCAACCUUCCAUUACCAGUUCAUCCAUCAACGAAUGUUACCGACGCUUGAAAUCGGGUUAUCGCCUCGAGCCGAGAAUCAUUCGUGACUCCCUAAAUGUCCGGACCUUGUUCGAGUGCCAAACGGAAUGUCACCGCUCCCGCAUUUUCGUUUGCCGAUCGUUCAGCUAUCGUCAAGCGAUUAACGGAUAUCAUUCGGGAGGAAACAAUUGCGAAUUGAGCGACUUGGAUCCGCGCGAAUUCGACCCGGUUAGACACUUGGUAAUCGAUCGCGACGCCGAUAUCUACGAGCGCAGUUUGGUCGGCCGCAAUUGCCGCGACACGCCCGUCACGACCUGGAAUAAUCGGCCCACCAUCAAGCCAACUUCAACAUCUCUCUGUUUCCUGCGCACCAAAAGCGGAAUCCGGCUGGAGCGUCGUUCCAUCCGUCAUUCGGUGACUGUGAACUCGCCCGUCGAGUGCGAGCAAGAGUGUAUCAACUCUCAUUCCUUUACCUGCCGUUCUUUCAGCUACAGGUUUUCGAGCACGGCUACUCUAUCGGAUUUGUAUCACAAGACUUACGAGAAUUGCGACUUGAGUGACAUUGAUCUCAACUCGCUGGACCCGUUGCGUGAUCUCAUCGACGACCGACUCUACGACUCUUGGCAGAGGACCAGCUACAGUCGCGACUGCGACAUUGGCAGCUUUCGACUGCCAGAUACCAGCGGUGACGGUUACAUCAACCGCGACGACGAAGAAGACCUUCAUUUCAGCUCGUUAAACCCUUGGUUUUCCUUCGGCAACAGCAAUCAACGCCCUUACCCACUACUAACCAGUACGGCUACGGCCUCAUCGAGAUGCUACAUUUCCUACCGGCUCGGCUUCCGCAUGGUGAAGCGUCUGAUACGCGAGUCCAUCCACGUCCGCAACUUGGCCGAGUGCGAGUUGGAGUGCAGCCGGACGAGGCCGUUUACCUGCCAGGCGUUCCACUUCAGAUACACGAAUCUCGAUGGGGGUUACGACCGUAACCCUUACAAUUGUGAGCUAAGCGAUUUGUCGGCCAGGGAUUUCGAUCGAUAUCGUGACAUGGUAGAAGACCGUGACUACGAAUUGUUCACCCGCUCUCAAUUCUCUUCUUGCAUUCAGAGUUUCAACAACCUCGAAUCGGGCAGCCAGUUGAGUCCGAUCCUGGCCAUCAGCAGUUCGGAAGUGACGGUCAGCGGGAUUCGUUGCCGGGCCGGUGCAAAAUGCCGGCCACACCGUGAGCUGGGCUAUUGGUACUGCGAGAUCGACCAGACCAGCUACUACAAAUUCAACAAUAACUGGGAUUACUGUUGCCAACCGCAGUCGCGCUGCGGGUAUUCAGACGGCUACACCUACCCGUGGUGCAUGGUCGGCUCGGUAGCGUCGGGCCAAUGGCGACCUUGCUCCGACCGUUACGCCGAGCGUCCAUACGCUUACCUGCACCGUCAUUUGCCGCCCAACGCCACCGAACCCACCGGUGUUUCACCGCCACUCAAGAGCGACGACGACGUCAUCCGGCCCAUCGACUCCAAUUCGGCCGAUUACUUGCGAACCGGCUCCCACUUUAUCGUCACAACUAAUUGCACCGACGCCGAUAAAUGAUUCCACCCAUUUGCGCUUUUCCUCGUAAAAUAAUUCGAAUUUUUAAAAUUUUUAUUGAAGGGCUUUAUUUAUGAUCAACGCCGUGACGGCCUCGCCCUUUUUUGGGGAUGUCAUAACUGUGUGGUGGAGGGCUAUGAUUAUUUGAAGUAUACUCUGACAUGAUUGUAAUCUUGGAAUUGUGUAUUUUAUUUGUUUGUUUCGUAUCUUUUUUUAAAUAUUUUUUAUUGUCACUAAACUGGUCGAUUUCACAGUU